AUGACCGAAUACUUCGUCGAUCCUGAAGAAUACUUCCUUUUAAUCUUAUUGCACAUGGACACAUCAUAUUGUAUUGGAGUUAUUAUAUUAAUCGGCACGGGAACAAUGAUCAUAACAUUUUCCGAAUUGUUGGUAUGCAGUUUCGAGGGAAUGUUUAUGUACUUACUAGUGUUCGGCGUGCUCUCUUUGAGUCUUAAUUUAUUUCGAGUUUUUCAAAUUGUAUCAUUCGGUGGUGACACAGAUGAAUUCUGCAUGCAUUUCAUUUAUGCACUUAUCGAUAUCGUAUACAUGUUCUUAUCCAACUAUGCGGCACAAGAAGUUACGGAUCACAACGACCACGUGUUUGUAACCACAUACAACAUCGAAUGGUACGCAGCACCUUUACACAUUCAAAGAAUGAUACUAUUUCUCUUGCAAAGGGGCACCAAGACCUUCACCCUCAAUAUCGGUGGACUAAUAACAGGAUCUAUGGAAAGUUUUACCUCGGUGAAAUAUCUGAUGGAGCAACUUCAACAGAUAUGUAACGAGCUAAAAGAUGAGAAUGAAAUCGCUAUCAUACAAAAGUAUGGGCGUUACGCGAAAUUUUCCACAAUUGCACUUACAUGUAAGAGACAAUAUAAUGCAAAUAUUAUACACAUAUUUAAGAAAUAUCUAGUUGUAUUUGAACUUAAUUAUUUGAAUUGA